AUGGAGACCACAGCGGCCCGCGAGGCCCGGGGGGCCGAGGCCCCACGCCUGCCCGCACCCCCGCCCUCGCCCGCCGAGCCCCCAGCCGCGUCCCCCAGCCCGGCCGCGCCCCGAGCCCGCCCGCGCCUCAUCUUCCGCACGCAGCUGGCUCACGGCAGCCCCACGGGCAAGAUCGAGGGCUUCACCAACGUCCGCGAGCUUUACGCCAAGAUCGCCGAGGCCUUCGGGAUCGCGCCCACCGAGAUCUUAUUCUGCACCCUAAACAGCCACAAAGUGGACAUGCAGAAACUCCUAGGCGGCCAGAUAGGGUUGGAGGACUUUAUCUUUGCCCACGUGCGCGGCGAGACCAAAGAGGUGGAGGUCACUAAGACCGAGGACGCCCUGGGACUGACCAUCACUGACAACGGGGCUGGCUAUGCCUUCAUCAAGAGGAUCAAGGAAGGCAGCAUCAUCAACCGGAUCGAGGCAGUGUGCGUGGGCGACAGCAUUGAGGCCAUCAACGACCACUCAAUCGUUGGCUGCCGCCACUACGAGGUGGCCAAGAUGCUCCGGGAGCUGCCCAAGUCGCAGCCUUUCACCCUGCGCCUGGUUCAGCCCAAGAGAGCUUUCGAUAUGAUCGGCCAGAGAAGCCGGAGCAGCAAAUGCCCCACGGAGGCAAAAGUCAGCAGUGGGAGGGAGACCCUGCGGCUUCGGUCUGGGGGGGCCGCCACUGUGGAGGAAGUGCCUAGUGAAUUUGAGGAGGAGGCAUCUCGGAGGGUGGAUGACCUGCUGGAGAGCUACAUGGGCAUUCGGGACCCAGAGCUGGCGUCCACCAUGGUGGAGACAUCCAAGAAGACAGUGAGUGUCCAGGAGUUUGCACGCCAUUUAGACUCCGUUUUGGGCGAGUUCGCCUUCCCGGACGAGUUUGUGGUGGAGGUGUGGGCCGCCAUCGGCGAGGCCAGGGAGGCCUGUGGCUAGUCUGCCCCGGGGCCGAGCGCAGCCCCAGCCCGGAGCCCAGCCCCAUGUCCCAGCCCUCCCGGCCAGUUCCCCAAGCCCAGCCCUGCUCUGGAGUCCAGAAGCCCAGAUCUGAGACCCAGCCCUGC